CUAUUCUCUCGAUUUGUUUGGGUAAAAGUUUACCAUUUUCGUUUUGUAUUACAGAGAAAUGGCGAAGUCGAAGAACCACACUGCGCAUAACCAGUCACACAAGGCUCACAAGAAUGGAAUUAAGAAGCCCAAGAGGCACAGACACACAUCCACCAAAGGGAUGGAUCCCAAGUUCUUGAGGAACCAGAGGUAUGCUAGGAAGCACAACAACAAUACCGGUGGAUCGGGGACAGAGGAGGAAGAGUAAACAAUGGAACACUAUGAAACUACGAGGGGUUUUUUAGUUGUAGCUUAUGAAGAAUGGUUUAUUUUUGAAACAACAUGUAAUGAAUGCUAGACUAGUUCUUCGUUUGUUGUUGAGAACAUUUUCCUGCUUGCAGGAAGUGGUGAUAUUCUUUAUAGUUAUAUUUUUGGGUGAUUAAUGGUUUCAAUUGUCUGA